CUCUCUCUCUCUCUCUCCCUAGUCACGCUCUUUCUUUCUAAUAUAUACUAUACUUCCUCCUCCUCCUAUCUCGUUCUCUGUGUUUGUGGUUGCAUCAUUGCAAUAUCCAUUGUUAGUUUCUCACUUUACAUACAAUACCUGUGUGUGUUUCCUUCCUUCUUUUCUUCUCCUCUGCUCUCUCUCUCUCUGCUCUUCUUGCACUCUGCUGUUCAACUUUUUUUUUUCUAGUCACAAACUUGAUAGAGAGCUAUCAUAUCAUAUAAUAAUAAUAAUAAUAAUAAUAAUAAUAAUAAUAAUAAUAAUAGUAUACUCCUAUUAUAUACUACUAGUUGAGAGUGGUAGGGUGAAAUGCAGCAGCAGCAGCACCUGAUGCAGAUGCAGCCCAUGAUGGCAGCCUAUUAUCCAAACAACGUCACCACUGAUCACAUUCAACAGUACUUGGAUGAGAACAAGUCCUUGAUUCUGAAGAUUGUCGAGAGUCAGAAUUCUGGCAAGCUCAGCGAGUGUGCCGAGAAUCAAGCAAGGCUACAGAGAAAUCUCAUGUACCUAGCUGCAAUAGCUGAUUCUCAACCCCAACCUCCGACCAUGCCUGGUCAGUACCCUGGUGGCGGUGGAAUGAUGCAGGGUCAGCAGCAGCAGGGAGGAGCACACUACAUGCAGGCUCAGCAGAUGACACAGCAACAACUUAUGGCUGCACGCUCCUCCCUUUUAUACGGGCAGCAACAGCAGCAACAACCUUACGCAGCACUUCAACAGCACCAACUCAGCGGUGGUGGAACUUCAGGACUUCACAUGAUGCAAAGCGAAGCAUGUAGCAAUAUGAAUGUGGGAGGUAGUAGUAGCUCAACAUUGGGUUCUGGCGGUGGAGGAGGGUUUCCUGACUUCAUCCGCGGAGGAGGAGGAGGAGAUGGUUUGCACAGGAAUCUCAUUGGAGGUAGCGGCAAGCAAAGUGAGAUUGGGAUGGGUUCUUCAUCUGAUCAAGGUCGAGGUGGUGAAGGCGGUGAAAACCUUUACCUCAAAUCUUCUGAUGAUUGAAACUAGUACUCAACUAGCUAUUUAGAUCCAAUUUGGUUUAAUUAAUUAGUUAUUAAUUGCUUCCACGAAGUUUAGCUUUUAUGAUCAGUUAGUUAAUUAGUUAGCUAGGAGAACUAGUACUCAAUCAAGAUCAAUUAUCUAGCAAGCUAGGUGAAAAACUUAAUUCUGCUGUUUAAUUGGAUAAUCUUUGUUGUGCUUAAUUAAGGCAAACUUUCUGGUGAGAUUUGAAUUUACUUGCAUUGAAUGAAUGUUAAUUUUUGUUUGCUUAAUCUAUAGCUCUCUCCACCGGGAUUCGUA